AUGUCUGAUUCCAACGACGACGAGACUUCCUCAGAUUAUGAGAGCAAUGGCGAAGAGUAUGAUGGGCCUGAAGUUCAAGUAGUUACUGAGGAAGAUCAUCUACUGCCAAAAGGGGAGUAUUUUUCGGCUGCAUUUGCUUUCGGUAGUUUAAAUUCCAGAGCUUCUGUGUUUGACGACGAAGAUUAUGAUGAGAUAGAAGAACAAGAGGAGGAACACGCGCCAGUUGAUAAAUCUUUUGUUUCUGAAGAGAGUGAACCAGUUGUCUUGAACGAGGAAAAAGCCGUGGAGUAUGAGAAAGAGGCUUGCAUCUUGGGAAAUGAGGAUCAGAUGGACACAGGAGAUGUCCAGGAGGAGGAGGUGGAUGACAUAUCAGAAGGUACUUUGGAUGAGAAAAGCGUCACCCCACUGCCUACAUUGUAUCUGGAAGAUGGUAUGGUCGUCUUACAAUUCUCUGAGAUAUUUUCUAUUCACGAGCCGCGGCAGAAACGACACAAGAGAAAACUCAGAUGUAUCACUUAUAGAGCCUUCUUUCAUAUAGACAAGUACCUAUCUAUGGAUAUUUCUGAGCUUGUCGAAGACGAUGAGGAAGUACUUCUGAAGAGCCAUGGCAGGAUUGACACUCAUGUGAAAGAAGCUGAUCUAAUUCAGCUGGAUGUUCCCUUUCCAAUCAGAGAGGGUUCACAGCUGGUAAAAGCUGGUACAGUCAGGGGUACUACACCAGAAUCAAGAGAAUUUACCAAGCUAGGAAGCGAUUCAUGUAUCAUGGAUGAACUGUUGAAGCAGGACUCAAAAAACGAUAAUUCAUCUCUUUGCCAGUCCCAGUUAGAAAUGGAAAUUUUCCCCCUUGACCAGCAAGAAUGGGAACAUCGUAUACUCUGGGAAAAUUCUCCUGAAUUUAGUGGUAAUUCUGGUGAGAGCUUCAAAUCUGGAAUUGAGUCAGAAAGUAUGCUGGUUCAGGUAACAAAUUCAGAGACUGAACAAGAAGAAAGCGUAAAUGUGAUGAACUCUGGAGGGAAAGCUCAAGCUGGCAGUGAUACGGUCAUGCCUUUUCUUGUAAAUCCCUUGGAGUCUUUUGGCUCAAGAGGUUCCCUGUCUACAUAUGAGUUCACUAAUAAACGUAGACAUCAUCCACAACUUCUGAGGUUAGAAUCCCACUGGGUUGAGGAUCAUCGAAGUGAAAAUGACAAUACUGGAGGGGAAAAUCUAAAGUGGCUUAAUAGUGACGUUCUUGGGGGCUUGAUUGGAUUUGCAUUGCAAGAUAGGGAUAUGGGGGAUGAGGCAUGGUUAGAUCGCAUAAUAUGGGAAUCAGAUACAGAUUUAAGCCGGUCUAAACUAAUAUUUGAUCUUCAAGAUGAGCAAAUGGUCUUUGAAGUUCCGGAUAAUGAGGAAAGAAAAUAUCUUCAACUUCAUUCCCGAUCUAUGAUUGUAUCCCAAUCUUCAAAAUCCAAGGAUGAAACCUCUCAAGAAUCCUGUGAAUCAAAUUCUGGGUGGCAAUUCAAUAUUUCAAAUGACCAUUUCUAUACAAAUGGGAAAAGCUCUCAGCUGCAAGGAAAUGCGAAGAAAUAUGGCGAACACAGUUUGAGAGUUUUUCAUUCAUCACCAGCGAUUAAAUUGCAGACGAUGAAGAUUAAACUGAGCAAUAUAGAGAAAGCAAAUUUUCACCGGCCCAAAGCUCUGUGGUAUCCACAUGACAAUGCACUAGCCAUCAAGCAGCAAGGAAAAUUACCCACCCAAGGAUCCAUGAAAAUAGUAGUUAAGAGUCUGGGGGAUUUUAAGGACACAGAAGCAGUGAAGAUGUUUUAUAUGGGAAAGGAACUUAAGGAUGAAAAGUCUCUUGCUGAACAAAAUGUUCAACCAAAUUCCUUGGUCCAUAUUUUACGUACUAAGGUUCAUCUGUGGCCAUGGAAGCUACCUGGCGAAAAUAAAUCCUUAAGACCUCCUGGGGCAUUCAAGAAGAAAUCUGACCUAUCUACUCAAGAUGGCCAUGUUUUCUUGAUGGAGUAUUGUGAAGAGAGGCCAUUGAUGCUCAGCAAUGUAGGAAUGGGUGCAAAUUUGUGCACGUAUUAUCAGAAGUCAUCCCCAGAGGAUCAACAUGGGAACUUGCUACACAACCAAAGAGACACCUUAGGAAGUGUGAUGAUUCUAGAACCUGGGGACAAAUCCCCUUUCCUUGGGAAAAUACACAGUGGUUGCAGUCAGUCAUCUGUUGAAACAAACAUGUACAAAGCACCUGUUUUUCCUCAUAGGCUGCAAUCAACAGAUUAUUUGUUGGUCCGGUCUGCUAAAGGAAAGCUCUCUAUAAGGCGUAUUGACAAGAUAGUCGCUGUUGGACAACAGGAACCGCGAAUGGAAAUAAUGUCUCCUGCAUCAAAGAAACUACAGACUUAUUUGGUGAACAGAAUGAUGGUCUAUGUGUAUAGAGAGUUUAAGCUUCGCAACCGUAUUGCUGCAUCGGAGCUGUCUUUCUUAUUUUCAAGCUUAUCGGACGCAGUCAUCAGGAAGAACAUGAAAGUUUGUGCAGACUUGGAGAGGGAUAAAAAUGGGAAGCCUUGCUGGUCCAAGAAAUGUGAUUUUGACAAGAUUCUACCUGAGUUGAAAAAUCUGGUGGCCCCAGAGGAUGUGUGUUCCUAUGAGAGUAUGCUAGCUGGGCUGUACCGGCUCAAACAAUUAGGGAUCACCCGGUUUACAUUGCCUGCUAGCAUAUCAACUGCACUGGCUCAGCUCCCAGAUGAAGUUACUACUCUUGCUGCUGCAUCACGUGUUGAGAGGGAGUUGCAGACUACUCCGUGGAAUCUGAGCCGUAAUUUUGUUAUUUGUACAACUCAGGGCAGAGCAAAUAUAGAGCGAUUGGAAAUUACUGGAGUUGGCGAUCCCUCUGGACGGGGUCUAGGAUUCAGCUACGUCCGAUCAGCAUCAAAAGCACCAGCUGCAGCCGGACAUAUGAAGAAAAAGGCAGCAGCCCGUUGCGGAGUCCUCUCUGGCACAGAAGUUGAUCUUCGCAGAUUAAGCAUGGAAGAAGCUCAAGAGGUUCUUCUCAAGUUCAAUAUUCCUGAUGAGAUUAUUGUCAAGCAAUCUCGACGGCAUCGUAUUGCUAUGAUACGCAAGCUAUCAAGUGAGCAGGUUGCAUCUGGUGACCCGACAAAAGUGUCAGGAGAUUUGGGAUAG